AUGGAGGAUUCGGGUUUAAUUGGACUUGCAGACAACGAUCCAAGAAACGCUGCUUAUUAUUUUCUUCCCACCCCACCUCAAACACCGAUGUUUGAGAGUGGAGGUCAAAGUGGUGAUGACUUUGCCCUAUAUCAACCAAUGGUCCAGGAUGACCACAUGAAUAGGCUCCGGGAGGUCGAAUUCAACAACAGUUCGAUGUAUCGCGGAAGUCAGUGUCCCCAACAAUCACCAUCUUGGCAUCAGACAUCCUACAUUGAUGCGGACAAAAGGAAAUAUCAUUUUCAACAGGAUUAUCUAAAGUACCGAAAUAAGUCCGCCUCACAAAAUUCGUCACCUCAAGAAUCAAUUUCGGCCUCCGAUAUUAAAUGUCAACCUCCAAACAAAUUUAUUUCCUACAAUUUUCACAAUAAAUCUAACCGACGAAUGCCGUUUCCGUACCUCUCUCUCGGAAAUCAGAAUCACCAUUCUUAUCGAAUUUUCUAUCCUCCACAUUUACAUUCUCUCGAACAACGACCAUAUCGACAGGUUACAUUUCCAAAACCAGAGUAUUUAAUGCCAAUGCCCCAGUGCCAGCCCUAUUCGGGGAAUCAAGAUGAAUAUCAACCGCGUAUGACAUAUCAACAAAGAAGUCACAAUAGCCUUCAGCAUGUUACAUGUCAGUCGAAACUUCAAAUUAUUUACGACUCACAUUCCAAGCAAUCCCCUAAACCACAUGCACGUGAAAAUAAACAACUUACCGAAGACGGAACUCGAAUGCAAAUACACCUCGUGAAGAUUCAGUUCGGUGAUUAUUGUGAAUAUAAUAUCGAUAAAAAAAUCGGCAACAUCGACACCACAAAUAAUGAUGAAAAUGGUAAUAAUCCCGAUGUUAAUUAUUCCUCGUGUAACAUCGGUGACCCCUACAACGAAGAUUACUUAACUCAGGUUACGAGGAUUCAGAAGGACCGAGAUGAAGGCGGUGAUCAAAUAGAGAUCAGCGAUCGUAGAUAUGGACCACCAAAAUUUAGAUAUAGAUACAUGGAGGAAUCAAUUCAAUUAUGUCUUUUGCAGAAUGCUCAAAUCAAGGUCCCUCUAAGGUCUUUGAGGUCGAUAGAGAAAAGUGAUGAGAGAGUCUUCAGGUUGGAAUUGAAGAAUGACUCGGUCGCAAGGGAUAAGAAUGCGAAAUAUAUCACGAUGAUAACUCACAGGGGGGUUGUCGAAAAGGAGCUUGAUAUCAUCGGAUUGCAUAUCGAUUAUCUCGUCAAAAUGUUGAACGCGGAUAAUCACCAUGAUCCAAUCUUUUUGAGAUGGAGGGCCGUCGAUUGGGGUUCUCGGGCACAGCAGAACUGGCGUUCACAUUCAUCAGCCGAAAAGCACAAAGAAGAAUUCAAAUUUCAAAAGGUAGCAUAG